AUGGUGGAUGCUGACAGACGCAGCACCGGUGGCUUGUACCUUGGCCCCGUGCUCAGGCCGUUAAGUUCGGACUCUGAGUUUUUCGAUGAGGGAAACACAAAUCGAGCACUGCUCUGCAAGCUGAACGUGUUUGCGAUCAUGAGCGAGGGUGCUGAUGCUAUGGACCUCCACGAGGACCAGCACCAGUUCGAAUGCAUGUUUCAGGACUGUACUGCCACCUUCUCGUCGCUGAAGAGGCACGAGGAGCACUACGAGACGUCGCACAGACACCGUUGUUUUACCUGCGGGCGCAGCUUCCCGACCCACCGACUGCUGGACCUACACCUUAGCGAGGCGCACGACUCCUUCUUUAGGGCUAUGGCGGAGCGAAGGCCGAUGUACGCGUGCCUGGUGGAAGGGUGCCCGGAAGUGUUUGAGUCGUCGGGAAAGCGCCACGAGCAUCUCGUAGAGGCUCACCUCUAUCCUGAGAGCUUCGACUUUAGCAGGCGAGAAAUGACCGCGUAG